UGACGAUUUCGCUUCUCUCGACCAUGGAGCCCUCACUGCCUUUGGCGCCUUUGGCGCCUUGGGCGCCUGUGGCGCCUCCGUCCCUCAGCCGCAGCCGGCCGCAGCCGCAGCACGUCUCGGGGGUUGACUGCAUCGUGGCUGCCGCCAGUCUGACGGCAGCCGUGGCAUGCCCCGGCAAAAGCCGAGGCCGGCGGAAAAGGCCGGCCCUGCGCGCGGAGUCGCGCACGAGGACGGUCAAUCCUGGAACUGGCGAGUGGGUCAGUCCGGAGGACUUCCCGCGGCCCGCGGGCCUCAAGGCCACGGCCAACUACGCGGAGGCCCAGGCCCUGUCGGAGGAGCUGAAGAGCCAUGAGGGCCCGUCCAAGACGGUGGCGGUGAUCGGCGGGGGAUUGUCGGGCUUGGCCUGCGGGAAGUACCUCAGCGACGCCAAGCACCGCGCCGUGGUGCUGGAGGCCCGCGACGUGCUCGGCGGCAAGGUGUCCGCAUGGCAGGAUGAAGAUGGGGACUGGAUCGAGACAGGGCUUCACAUCUUCUUCGGGGCCUACCCCAACAUGAUGAACCUCUUUGCAGAGCUGGGCAUUGAGGACCGGCUGCAGUGGAAGCGGCACCAGAUGACCUUCGCCAUGCAGGAC